GACUGGUUUCGUGGCAAGGGAAUAGAGGAAUGCUGCACCGAGUGACCGCCCGCCUCCGCUCGCACGCUGGCGUUGUCCAGCGCCGCGGCAUGGCCUCGCAUGGACACGGCCAUGGCCAUUACCCACAUGGCAUGCACUUCCACGUGGACCCUAUCCACAAAAACGUCGGCCUGGCAUUUAGUGUCUUGACCUGGCUGUGGAUCUUUCACCGCGCCAAGGAAGACGGCGCUGUCAUUUUGGGACUGGAACAUCCGUGGGACCACGGCCACGGACACGGCGACCACCACCACGGCGAGGGCCACGUGUACGAGAAGGAAGAGAUCGGCGUCCGACCUCGCCUCGUUCUGAACGAAGACUAAGUCGGCAGCAAACGGCGUUUGCUUUGAACUAAGUUGUCGAUAACACUAAACGGCUUCAUGUUUCCACGUGAUGCCAUCCACACCGUGCCCUUGCAGGAAUUGGAUCGGCGCUCGUCG